UUUGAGCCCCAUGAUGGGAAACUGAAUGCUGUGCCCUCGCGCCCGGAGUUUUGAUGCAAGUACAGUAAUCCUACAUGUGGUCGAGACUAUGGACUCAAAAAUAAAAUAACAGACGUGACUGAAGUAACAGGUCCCAGUAGGACUCCAUCAAGCCGAGGGAGCCGCAACAGAAAUGGCAAAUCUAAACUGGAAGCCGUUUGUCUAUGGGGGGAUGGCCUCAAUUGUCGCAGAAUUUGGCCCUUUUCGGGGUAAAAUAGUCAGCACAGGAAUAAUACAGUACAAAACGUGGCAGAACAUGUCAAGCAACAUAUCCCAUAACACGUGUGCACAAAAACAAAGGUGCAACAUGGGAUUUGAUGGGAUAUAAGAUGACAGUAAGCAGUCUGUUGCUGAGGUACUUUCCCCAUUGAUCUGACAAAAACGCGGCUCCAGGUUCAAGGGCAGACCCACUGUAUGGAGGUCCGCUAUCGGGGCAUGUUUCACGCCUUGUUCAGGAUUGGCCGGGAAGAGGGCAUCCGUGCAUUAUACUCUGGGAUAUCACCUGCGCUUCUCCGUCAAGCUUCCUAUGGGACGAUCAAGAUCGGCACAUAUAACACCCUGAAGAAGCUGUUUGUCAGCCGUCCUGAAGAUGAGACUAUGGUGAUUAAUGUGUUCUGCGGGGUGGUGUCUGGAGUUUUGUCUUCCUCUUUGGCAAAUCCCACUGAUGUGCUAAAGAUUCGCAUGCAGGCUCAAGGCAGUCUGUUACAGGGCAGUAUGAUGUCCAACUUUAUUAAUAUUUACCAGACAGAGGGAACACGAGGCUUGUGGAGGGGUGUCAUUCCUACAGCACAACGGGCGGCCAUUGUGGUUGGGGUUGAACUACCGGUCUAUGACAUCACCAAAAAGCAUUUGAUUCUUUCAGGCCUCAUGGGAGACACUGUGUUAACACAUUUCAUUUCCAGUUUUGCAUGUGGUCUUGCAGGAGCACUGGCCUCUAACCCAGUGGAUGUGGUGAGGACACGUAUGAUGAAUCAGCGAGUGGUUGCUGGCAACCUUCUGUAUAAAGGCACCCUAGAUGGACUCAUGCAGACCUGGAGAAAUGAGGGUUUCUUCGCCCUCUAUAAAGGCUUCUGGCCUAACUGGCUGCGUCUGGGACCCUGGAACAUCAUCUUCUUCAUGACUUUUGAACAGCUGAAGAAACUUCCAUUGUAGCUGAGACUUUGUGAUACUUCGCUGGACGGUGUGUGUGUGUGUGUGUGUGUGUGUUGGUUCAUCAUCUCUACUUUAUCUUCUAUAUCUAUGUUUAUUUAAGAAUUUAUGUACAUGCUUGAUGUAUUUUAAGAUGCUCCUUUUGCACCUAAAUGCUUCGUUUUCACUCCUGGCAGCUAUUGCUUCUGUCAGCAGCACCAUGUUCAUAAGUCCAUAAGUGCUCGGUCACACUGGUGAAAAUUUGUGGUAAACUGGAAACCAGAGCAGGUAUAAUAUUUUGAUGCUGGCUUGACGGGAGCUUGUGCUCUGUUUGUGUAUACUACCUGAAAGUUACUAAGACUCACCUCUAGGUGGGGAUAAAGAGCAAUAGGUUAGCGCUACACUGAAUGCUGUGAAAAUACGGAGAGACUGUUUCAUGUUACAAUCGCUAAAAAUCUUUUUUCUAAACACUCCGAAUUAAGCAUAAAAGUGCUUAAGUUAUGAGGGUAUUCAUUUGAUAAUGACUUGAAUAGGAACAACUGCUUUAUCCGUAGACUACAGUUGUGAUACGUUUCAAAUCCUACAUACUGUAUGAAUGAAUACCAAAGGAAUGGUAUGGAGGUGUCGUGAGCUACAAGCAGAACAAAUUUUUGUGUGACUCGUUCAAAAACUGUUUUUGAGUAAAUUCAUAUAUUUCAAUUCGAAAAUGUACGGUUUGAUAAACGAUUUGCACGGAGUUGCUCGGUGGUGCUCGUAUUUCAUGAAUAUAGAAGUACGUUUGUGACAAACAGGAGUUUUUUAAUAUGCACAGAUUUGAAAGAACUUGAGUUAUUGUACAAGAUAUGUACAAGAUUUUACGAUUUGGUAUCAUCGCCAUAAGAAUGCAUUGAUGUUGUCUGUGUGUUUGCGUUGUAAGAAGCACAUGCAAAAUGUCAAAUAUUUUGGCACGCGUCAAUUUGUGUAAAUACUGCUACUGUACGAUAGAUUAUAAUAUUAGCAUAUUUUUGUUUGUUUUCACGUAAUAUUUUUUUGGGAAACGGUGUAGCUUUUUAAAUGCUUGUCUCAUUGCCAAAGUGUACAUGUAUUAAACCAGUACUACACUGUUGUUGUUACUGAGUUUUCAAAAUGACUUAUUAUUAUUAUUAUUAUUAUUAUUAUUGGGGAAAGUACUGUUACAUAUUCAUCACUGUCUGUCAUCAAGACCUGUUUCUGCUUUUAUGUACAAGCCUUCGCCUGGCUGUUUCUGCUUCCUGAUGUGUUAACCAAACUUGAAUAUACUUAAGGUAUAAUUUACCUUGUUCAUAAGCAGAUUAUUGUUCAUAACCUUUAACUUGUUCAUAAGCAGAUAAAAGUGUUCUGUAAAGUAAGCAAGCAACCAUCAAGUCCCGUGUCUUGGUUUUUGUUUAAUUUACCUCAAUUUAAAUGGUUAAAUAUAUAUAAUGUCUAUGUUCUUUACAGGUUUCCCUGUUUGGGAUAACUGCAUUUUCUCUCCAACUUUAGCUGUUUGCUAGAUUGGUGACUAUGGCAUGAUGCAUGAGAUAUUGAAAAUGCUUCAAUUUAUGAAAGACCAAGAACCACAUUAACCCACGUGCCAGUGUUUUUAUUUCAAGUUACUGUUAGCUGCACACGGAUUGUAACAUUUCAAUUCAGUUUUUUAUUUUUUGCUUAUUUUUAUUAUUUGCUAUUUAUUUUGUUUAGACAAUUUUCAGCAUCAUCUUUUUUAGUUCAAAGGGUAAUUUAUUUACGCUUUUAACAUGUUUCUAAACCAUUUAUAACUUUCAGUUCAUUUGAUGUUAGUUUGGUUGUAUAAUGUAAGGUAUGAUAAAUGUUCAUACUGCACUUUUGAUGCAUUUUGAACUUGAUUCAGCCAACUGAUUUGAUUUGAAAAAUGUAUUAUUAUUUUUUUUAUAUUUUACAAAAGUAGACUUUGGGAACUAUAUGUGGAAAAGGAACAAUUAUAUCAUGUAAUGUAAUGACUUCAUGCCCCAUCACUGCUGUUUUUUUUUUAAAUAUUAUUUUGUUAUUACAGUGCUCUCCAUUUUGUUAGAUUAGUUGUCUGCUUGCAAUUGCCUUGGAAAUUCUUUGUCAUCUGCACUUUGGUAAAGGGUCUUUGGUGAACACAAGCAUUAUUUAUUAUGGUCUGUUGCUUAAAUAGACAAUGGAUUGUAAAGAAUGCAUUUUUCUUAGUCUGAUGUAACUGUGCACUCUGGUAAUAAAAACAAUGUAAACUUAAA